AUGCAAAGAUUGUUUGGCCGGGUCCAAUGCCUUGGGGCAAAAGCUCUUGUUCUCAACGUAUUGACCCUACUUUCAAGACCCUCAAAGGGGAUCGAGCUUGUCGAAAUGGCUCGCGUUGUGUGUAUGACGAUUUCUCGUUUAAAUAGGGAAAUACACGUAAAGCGUUUGGUAUUGAGGCCCCUGCAAAUAUUAAAGUAUUUUAUGCUGAUAAAAAAGGAUGCCUUCUACUUCCACUAUCGCGAGGUACAUUGUGUGCUUCUGAAAAAUAAGCGGCCAUAAGACGUACCGCGAAGCCUCAGUUCGCGUCUAAUAGAUCUAAACAACACUAUUGGCCGAAUCGACUCCAUGGCAAAUGGUGUGCAUCACACGUUUGUCUAUGUUUUGUAUCAAGAAACAUUUUGUAACAUCUUAUACUAGCACAUGUGGGUGUGGGGCACAGACUAAUUGAUUUUCUCACCCAUUCAAUCAGGGAGCUCAUUAUGAUGCAGAUGAUCGUUUUCAUACUUUAGUCUACACUCUCUGAACAUUUUUGGCACCAUAGCUCUUCAUCAGUUUAAAAUUAAACGGGUGCGCACUGCUAUAGGGACCUAACCCUUCGGGGAUAUCAGCUUCUGUUUUGAUAAGAAGUUUUUCCCAUCGGGAGACUAUUGUUGAAGGGAAUGUCGUCACAUGAUCGGUCAGGGAGAUAGUUUUUCCUUCUUCAAUUUACCUUGGCUCAGGUCUUGCAGGUUGAGUUGCAAAUGAUCAACAUAGUCGUAUGACAUACACUUCUUUCGUCCAAGUUCUAUAAUCACAUUUAAGAAUCACUCGUUAAUGUGCACUUGCCCCUCAUUGUUGAAUUUUUACUCUUGUUGGGAUUAAAAUACUCCUAAAAAUUGUUUGCCUUAAUUUGUCAGUUCUGACAAAGAGGGGGCUUUUCAUUUUUUAUCCAUUUACUUGAUCCUAGCCGCUACAAAAUUAAUUAACCUACAACCAAAGCUUCUUUAUUCUAUAUUCUACUACCUGACUUCUUACAUUACCUUCAGUAGGAUGACCUACAAACUACUGCGUCUCUGCUGAGUGUUGUUUUUGGAAGUUCGAUAUACAACAUGUGUCUCAUCAGCAGCCAGUGAUCUGUACGGGGAAGGAGUACAUAAUAUCUAGUGUAAAAUGAUGAAAUAAAGGAUUUGUAUAUAAAUCUUUGUUAUAUUUUUUUUCAAACUGAUAAUUUUGUCGAAAAUUUCAAAGACAUACCAUUUUAUUAUGUUUAGUGUGUUACCUUCGGUGUUGUUCUCUUACCUCGUAUUCUUGGCUGAGAGCCUGAUUCUCUGAGACAAACCUUAAUGAGCAAAUUUGACGAUACUCUUUGAGGUCAGCUCAUAAGAAUUUCCCAUCUGCCCAUGAUUAGGAAGCAUUCCAAGGCAUAGCAUAUAAUAACGACUUAUGGUAACAGAUUCUAUUAAGUUUAAUGACAUAGGACGCGCAAGAAAGGAAAUUUUUCAGUUUAUAUAAAAAAUUAUAGCUCAUUAGUUGCAGAUUUCUUCAUUUUUUUCUUUACAUUUAGUGGUAUUUUGAGGUAACGUGCUGCCAGUGACCUCAGUCGAGUGGGGCCUUUUGAAUUGUUAGGGGUAGUUCAAAGUACAAUGACGUUUAACGUGGUGGUUCACUUGAACUGCCUUUGUUGUUGAAGCUUAGAAGGCCAGCAUCGGCUUCAAUAUCUUCUGAUUCGCGUAUUUCGGAGGCAGACAACUUUGUGGAUUAGUUUAUGUUUUUCUGCUGUAUGUAUUGAGAGUAUAUCAUGCAAAUUUGUUGGUACAUUGCUUGAUUCAAAAUUACUGUUAGUUUGAUCCGAAAGUUCAUGUGACCCUACUAACCCUUACCAAGCUUCUUCAGAAGCCAGUCCCUGUGGAUCGUACCCAACAAAUUACUACUUUGGGAUUUGGAUGGAUUAAUUUACAUUAAUCAUGUGAUAUAUGAGCCAAUAGUGUCUGAAUAGAGUUUGAAGGUAGUGUGAACAUAAAACUACAUGAUAACUAUCACAAAAGAAAAAGCGAUCAUAAACUUUAUUUCUCUGAACUCUCUGAUACUUGUUUUCAUAAGACGUGAUAAGGAGUUAGUUCUUGAUGGCAUUAGCCUUAGAGAGGCUACCCUGCUUGACCCCUGCUCGAUCGGUAAGAUCAGCGGCAGCUGCAGUCUGAAGUUUCAGGAGGACAUUAUCUGUAAAUUAUACUAAAUCAUUAUUAAUGUCGCGUUAUUCUUACUGUUACUUAGCGAGACACCUUGCGGGAUUUAAUCGAUGUAAUCUAGACAACUUAUCGAUGCCUCGUAUAGUUUACGACUGCUGCGUGUAUUCCCUCUAUUGGGGAAGGCCAGUGUUAUUGUAUUGUCUGCAAUACAUUGAAAAAUGAGUCACAACUACAAGUGUGAGACAUUUUUGUGCAUAGCUGUUGGAUACUUCUAUGUUGCUACGAUAAUAGUAAAUCAAAAAAACAGUUUUUGAAGAGAUGUUCUGGAAGUGGUGUCAGUGCAAAAAAUGCUUAUUUAUUCAUUGUGGUUCUUAUGCAUCCUUUCAACUGAACGUACCGCUACUCUCGAUGAUUUCCAGAUUGAAUAUGAUUGGGAUAACUACUGCUGAGUGCACCAGAUGCUUCCAAACUCUAUCAUCUUUAUCCUUAGGUCUUGCGCGGGUGACUAUUUGGUAAUGCCUUUUAGUUUCAACUAAGUUCAAGUGACGCGAAAAGUAUCUUGCGUUAGAUCAUUUGAACACGUUAUCACUCUUCACUUUAGGCUAACUUUGUAUUUAUCAUGCUCCAUAGGGACUACUACGUGCAUUUCAGAGUAAUUUUUUCCUUUGCACAUAUGAAGUGGAUGUUAGAUGAAACUGACGUACAUCGUAUGAGGGAGUCCCUUAUGUCAGUGACUAUUCUGGAAUACAAACAACAGUUGGACCAUGUGGCGUGUAGAAAAUGCCACUCGAUGUUUAAGUUUCUUGAUAAAUAUCCGUUUAAGCUAUCAUUUGCUACAUUUUGAAACAAUAUUUUGUGCAUGCACUUAUGCAGAAAGCUUUCUUGAGCGCCUAUGAUUUACAUCAUCAUAUUUUCACAUAUCCAUAUAUACGCAAAUAUGUAUGCAACUUCUGCAUUAGCAUUGUUACCCUGCACGCCUUUCAAAGUUACAUGCAACUCAUAAGCGAAUUUCUAAGUUCUAUGAGAUACUUUUAUCUUUUUCUCUCUGCCCACAUGGUGUAUGCGCUGUAUUCUUGUUUAUUUCCUCCCAUCACUGUUUGUCGUGGGAAGUAAUUGUUUUAUGCUAGUACUU